AGAAAAUCCUCAUCGCCAUGCUCAUCACACGCGGAAUCUCCCUUGUCAAUUUUGCCGUUGCAUCUUCAGCACUUGCAUUCCAAGUCUUCGUUCUAUACCCCUGGCAUAAUCAACUUGACAAAGAGUUCAAAGACUUGAAAAAAGAACAUCUUCGAGUCUUGCAACGGCUCGAUCAAGCAAGACUCGAUCAACGCGCUUCAGCUUAAAUGGAGAUAUGUUUUAAAGGGCGUCGGGUAUCGUGGCAUAGAGGCUUUUUGACAGUGGACAACGAUUGACAGACCAACAGAUUGCUGACCAGUUUCAUGUUGGCAUCGACUGUGGUGCACGCGGAGGAGACUUGUGUAUUUUUUUAUCAUAGAAUAUUGUCGCCGAGUUUAGUACCUCCGUUAUAUAGAAACAUGUCUUGAGUGAUAUGUUCAAUAUUAAAAGCCAAACUCCAAGGCUCGUAUAAGCAGAAUACCAUCGAGUCCCGGGCAUUAGCUAAUUGUUAUUCCCAUUAUUACUGUAUUUAAUUCUUGCAUGUGUCAGCCGAUCUGGGUAAUUGGCGGUGGGUCCCUAAGCAGCCAGGGUAGCCACUGUAGUUCUGUACAUGUUUACAUGUUGUGUCUGGAUAUAUAUUUACAUCCAC